UGAAAAAACUGACUCCAUUUUUCUUGUUCAGGGACAACCUUCCUUUCAUUUUUUCUUGUUCAGGUUGAUCCGUUGAUGGACAUACCUGUGCUGGCAAGAACCAAGAUGUUGCUCUGGGCUUCUAAGCGAGGAGAGUGUUCCAUCCACAAGCUAGCCCAGACUAAUAAUGAAACAGGAAAACCCCAAGAGUGGACCCGUGAUGCAAAGGGGAUUAAUCAGAUGUGCUGGGUCCCUCAUCCACGUAAUGGCAUAUAUGUCCCUAAAGGACAUGAGAUGGUGAUGGAUGAUGUUCCUUCUGGAGCUGCUUCUUUCACUCAACCUUACUGGCUUAGGAGCAUUGAAGGAGUUGAUAAGUCAUUCCCAGAUUCUUUGAUUGAACAUCCAUUCUCUGAAAAAAAGUGAUGGAGUUACAGUCCUCAAUGCUGGCUUGGAUUUGAAGUUUGAAAGCUUAUUAAUGGUGGAUGGUAUCUCUAUGUAAUAUCGUCUAGACUUACUAUACUAUACAUCAAUGAAUUAAAAGUGCUUUAGUUCCACAAUAUAAGAGUUCUUGUAUGACUUUUGCGUGUAUCAUGCACCUAUUCUUACAUAAAUGGGCCACUAAGUAGCUCAAUUUUCAAGCUAAUGAGC